GUUGUGGCCAGGGACUGCUGUCAGACUCUGGGCUGAGGGAAGAGAUGGCGGCGGCCGAGCAGGUCAGUGCGGCUGGGUGCUGCCUGCAUGCUGCGCUCCAUGCUGGGCACUCACAGACCGGCCAUUAUGGGCAGUGGUAGACAUAUAUAAAUAUAUUAUUUGGUUUGUGUGCCAUGCAAAACAUCCGCUGAAAAAAUGGGAUGUAACGGUGUGUGCGCAUCCAGAUAUGGAAAGCAUCAUCUGCACUGGGGCAGUCUAGUAUGGAUUGUAUGGCACGGAGUAUAGCACUGGGACUGUCUAGUCUGGAUUGUAUGGCACCGAGUAUAGCACGGGGGCUGUCUAGUCUGGAUUGUAUGGCACUGAGUAUAGCACGGGGGCUGUCUAGUCUGGAUUGUAUGGCACCGAGUAUAGCACGGGGACUGUCUAGUCUGGAUUGUAUGGCACCGAGUAUAGCACGGGGGCUGUCUAGUCUGGAUUGUAUGGCACCGAGUAUAGCACUGGGGCUGUCUAGUAUGGAUUGUAUGGCACUGAAUAUAGCACUGGGGCUGUCUAGUAUGGAUUGUAUGGCACCGAGUAUAGCACUGGGGCUGCCUAGUCUGGAUUGUAUGGCACCGAGCAUAGCACGGGGGCUGCCUAGUCUGGAUUGUAUGGCACCGAGUAUAGCACUGCCUAGUCUGGAUUGUAUGGCACCGAGUAUAGCACGGGGGCUGUCUAGUAUGGAUUGUAUGGCACUGAGUAUAGCACUGGGGCUGUCUAGUCUGGAUUGUAUGGCACCGAGCAUAGCACUGGAACUGCCUAGUAUGGAUUGUAUGGCACUGAGUAUAGCACUGGGGCUGUCUAGUCUGGAUUGUAUGGCACUGAGUAUAGCACUGGGGCUGUCUAGUCUGGAUUGUAUGGCACUGAGUAUAGCACUGGGGCUGUCUAGUCUGGAUUGUAUGGCACUGAGUAUAGCACUGGAACUGCCUAGUAUGGAUUGUAUAGCACUGGAACUAACUAGUAUGGAUUGUAUGGCACUGAGUAUAGCACUGGGGCUGUCUAGUCUGGAUUGUAUGGCACUGAGUAUACCACUGGAACUGCCUAGUAUGGAUUGUAUGACACUGAGUAUAGCACUGGAACUGCCUAGUAUGGAUUGUACGGCACUGAGUAUAGUACUGGAACUGCCUAGUAUGGAUUGUAUGGCACUGAGUAUAGCACGGGGGCCCUCUAUGGAUUGUAUGGCACUGAGUAUAGCAUGGGGGCUCUCUAUGGAUUGUAUGGCACUGAGUAUAGCACGGGGGCUGUCUAGUAUGGAUUGUAUGGCACUGAGUAUACCACGGGGGCUGUCUAGUAUGGAUUGUAUGGCACUGAGCAUAGCACUGGGGCUGUCUAGUAUGGAUUGUAUGGCGCUGAGUAUAGCACGGGGGCUCUCUAUGGAUUGUAUGGCACCGAGUAUAGCACUGGAAAUGCUUAGUCUGGAUUUUAUGGCACUGAGUAUAGCACAGGGGCUCUCUAUGGAUUGUAUGGCACUGAGUAUAGCACUGGGACUGUCUCUAGUCUGGAUUGUAUGGCACUGAGUAUAGCACUGGAACUGCCUAGUAUGGAUUGUAUGGCACUGAGUAUAGCACUGGAACUGCCUAGUAUGGAUUGUAUGGCACUGAAUAUAGCACUGGAACUGCCUAGUAUGGAUUGUAUGGCACCGAGUAAAGCACGGGGGCUGUCUAGUAUGGAUUGUAUGGCACUGAGUAUAGCGCUGGGGCUGUCUAGUCUGGAUUGUAUGGCACCGAGUAUAGCACUGGGGCUGUCUAGUCUGGAUUGUAUGGCACCGAGCAUAGCACUGGGGCUGUCUAGUCUGGAUUGUAUGGCACCGAGCAUAGCACUGGGGCUGUCUAGUCUGGAUUGUAUGGCACCGAGCAUAGCACUGGGGCUGUCUAGUAUGGAUUGUAUGGCACUGAGUAUAGCACUGGGGCUGUCUAGUCUGGAUUGUAUGGCACUGAGUAUAGCACUGGAACUGCCUAGUAUGGAUUGUAUGGCACCGAGUAUAGCGCUGGGGCUGUCUAGUCUGGAUUGUAUGGCACCGAGCAUAACACUGCGGCUGUCUAGUCUGGAUUGUAUGGCACCGAGCAUAGCACUGGGGCUGUCUAGUAUGGAUUGUAUGGCACUGAGUAUAGCACUGGGGCUUUCUAGUCUGGAUGGUAUGGCACUGAGUAUAGCACUGGAACUGCCUAGUAUGGAUUGUAUGGCACUGAGUAUAGCACUGGAACUGCCUAGUAUGGAUUGUAUGGCACUGAGUAUAGCACUGGGGCUGUCUAGUCUGGAUUGUAUGGCACUGAGUAUACCACUGGAACUGCCUAGUAUGGAUUGUAUGGCACUGAGUAUAGCACUGGAACUGCCUAGUAUGGAUUGUACGGCACUGAGUAUAGUACUGGAACUGCCUAGUAUGGAUUGUAUGGCACUGAGUAUAGCACGGGGGCCCUCUAUGGAUUGUAUGGCACUGAGUAUAGCAUGGGGGCUCUCUAUGGAUUGUAUGGCACUGAGUAUAGCACAGGGGCUGUCUAGUAUGGAUUGUAUGGCACUGAGUAUACCACGGGGGCUGUCUAGUAUGGAUUGUAUGGCACUGAGUAUACCACGGGGGCUGUCUAGUCUGGAUUGUAUGGCACCGAGCAUAGCACUGGGGCUGUCUAGUACGGAUUGUAUGGCGCUGAGUAUAGCACGGGGGCUCUCUAUGGAUUGUAUGGCACCGACUAUAGCACUGGAACUGCUUAGUCUGGAUUUUAUGGCACUGAGUAUAGCACAGGGGCUCUCUAUGGAUUGUAUGGCACUGAGUAUAGCACUGGGACUGCCUAGUAUGGAUUGUAUGGCACUGAGUAUAGCACUGGAACUGCCUAGUAUGGAUUGUAUGGCACCGAGUAUAGCACGGGGGCUGUCUAGUAUGGAUUGUAUGGCACCGAGUAUAGCACUGGGGCUGUCUAGUCUGGAUUGUAUGGCACAGAGUACAGCGCUGGGGCUGUCUAGUCUGGAUUGUAUGGCACAGAGUAUAGCGCUGGGGCUGUCUAGUCUGGAUUGUAUGGCACCGAGCAUAGCACUGGGGCUGUCUAGUAUGGAUUGUAUGGCACUGCGUAUAGCACUGGGGCUGUCUAGUCUGGAUUGUAUGGCACUGAGUAUAGCACUGGAACUGCCUAGUAUGGAUUGUAUGGCACUGAGUAUAGCACUGGAACUGCCUAGUAUGGAUUGUAUGGCACUGAGUAUAGUACUGGAACUGCCUAGUAUGGAUUGUAUGGCACUGAGUAUAGCACGGGGCUCUCUAUGGAUUGUAUGGCAUUGAGUAUAGUACUGGAACUGCCUAGUAUGGAUUGUAUGGCACUGAGUAUAGCACGGGGCUCUCUAUGGAUUGUAUGGCACUGAGUAUAGCACGGGGGCUCUCUAUGUAUUGUAUGGCACUGAGUAUAGCACGGGGGCUCUCUAUGGAUUGUAUGGCACUGAGUGUAGCACUGGGACUGUCUAGUAUGGAUUGUAUGGCACUGAGUAUAGCACUGGGGUUGUCUAGUCUGGAUUGUAUGGCACUGAGUAUAGCACUGGAACUGCCUAGCAUGGAUUGUAUAGCACUGGAACUGCCUAGUAUGGAUUGUAUGGCACUGAGUAUAGUACUGGAACUGCCUAGUAUGGAUUGUAUAGCACGGGGGCUCUCUAUGGAUUGUAUGGCACUGAGUAUAGCACGGGGGCUCUCUAUGGAUUGUAUGGCACUGAGUAUAGCACGGGGGCUCUCUAUGGAUUGUAUGGCACUGAGUGUAGCACUGGGACUGUCUAGUCUGGAUUGUAUAGCACUGGAACUGCCUAGUAUGGAUUGUAUGGCACUGAGUAUAGCACUGGAACUGCCUAGUAUGGAUUGUAGGGCACUGAGUAUAGCACAGGGGCUCUCUAUGGAUUGUAUGGCACUGAGUACAGCACGGGGGCUCUCUAUGGAUUGUAUGGCACUCAGUAUAGCACGGGGGCUCACUAUGGAUUGUAUGGCACUGAGUAUAGCACGGGGACUCUCUAUGGAUUGUAUUGCGCUGAGUAUAGCACUGGAACUGCCUUGUCUGGAUUGUAUGGCACUGGGGCUCUCUAUGGAUUGUAUGGCACUGAGUAUAGCACGGGGGCUGUCUAGUAUGGAUUGUAUGGCACUGAGUAUAGCACGGGGGCUCUCUAUGGAUUGUAUGGUACUGAGUAUAGCACAGGGGCUGUCUAGCAUGGAUUGUAUGGCACAGAGUGUAGCACUGGGGCUGUCUAGUAUUGAUUGUAUGGCACCGAGCAUAGAACUGGGGCUGUCUAGUAGGGAUUGUAUGGCACUGAGUAUAGUACUGGAACUGCCUAGUAUGGAUUGUAUGGCACUGAGUAUUGCACGGGGGCCCUCUAUGGAUUGUAUGGCACUGAGUAUAGCACGAGGGCUCUCUAUGGAUUGUAUGGCACUGAGUAUAGCACGGGGGCUCUCUAUGGAUUGUAUGGCACUGAGUGUAGCACUGGGACUGUCUAGUCUAGAUUGUAUGGCACCGAGUAUAGCACUGGGGCUGCCUAGUCUGGAUUGUAUGGCACUGAGUAUAGCACGGGGGCUGCCUAGUAUGGAUUGUAUGGCACUGAGUAUAGCUCUGGAACUGCCUAGUAUGGAUUGUAUAGCACGGGGGCUGUCUAGUAUGGAUUGUAUGGCACCGAGUAUAGCACGGAGGCUGUCUAGUAUGGAUUGUAUGGCACCGAGUAUAGCACGGGGCUGUCUAGUAUGGAUUGUAUGGCACCGAGUACAGCACUGGGGCUGUCUAGUAUGGAUUGUAUGGCGCUGAGUAUAGCACUGGAACUGCCUAGUAUGGAUUGUAUGGCACUGAGUAUAGCACUGGAACUGCCUAGUAUGGAUUGUAUGGCACUGAGUAUAGCACGGGGGCUGUCUAGUAUGGAUUGCAUAGCACUGGGGCUGUCUAGUCUGGAUUGUAUGACACCGAGCAUAGCACUGGGGCUGUCUAGUAUGGAUUGUAUGGCACUGAGUAUAGUACUGGAACUGCCUAGUAUGGAUUGUAUGGCACUGAGUAUAGCACGGGGGCUCUCUAUGGAUUUUAUGGCACUGAGUAUAGCACGGGGGCUCUCUAUGGAUUGUAUGGCACUGAGUGUAGCACUGGGACUGUCUAGUCUGGAUUGUAUGGCACUGAGUAUAGCACUGGAACUGCCUAGUAUGGAUUGUAUGGCACUGAGUAUAGCACUGGAACUGCCUAGUAUGGAUUGUAUAGCACUGGAACUGCCUAGUAUGGAUUGUAUGGCACUGAGUAUAGCACUGGAACUGCCUAGUAUGGAUUGUAUGGCACUGAGUAUAGCACAGAGGCUCUCUAUGGAUUGUAUGGCACUGAGUAUAGCACGGGGGCUCUCUAUGGAUUGUAUUGCGCUGAGUAUAGCACUGGAACUGCCUUGUCUGGAUUGUAUGGCACUGAGUAUAGCACGGGGGCUCUCUAUGGAUUUUAUGGUACUGAGUAUAGCACGGGGGCUGUCUAGUAUGGAUUGUAUGGCACUGAGUAUACCACGGGGUCUGUCUAGUAUGGAUUGUAUGGCACUGAGUAUACCACGGGGGCUGUCUAGUCUGGAUUGUAUGGCACUGAGUAUAGCACAGGGACUCUCUAUGGAUUGUAUGGCACUGAGUAUAGCACAGGGACUCUCUAUGGAUUGUAUGGCACUGAGUAUAGCACGGGGGCUCUCUAUGGAUUGUAUGGCACUGAGUAUAGCACGGGGACUGCAUAUUCUGGAUUGUAUGGCACCGAGUAUAGCAUGGAGGCUCUCUAUGGAUUGUAUAGCACGGGGACUCACUAAGGAUCUCUCACAUUUAAAAUAGAUCAGUGUUAUAUAAACUCUCCACACAUCACUUGUUAUAUAGAUCACCCAUUGUAAAGCGCUGCGGAAUUUGAUGGCGCUAUAUAAAUAACAUCAUAAUAAUAAUAAUAAUAAUAAUAAUAAUAAUAAUAUAGAUAAGUGUAAUAGACUAGUUGCUUCAUUGCUGUGUAUCUUUGAUAUUACAUGAUAGUUUGGGGUUAGUGUGGUAAUAUAGGUAAUGUGGGGGUUAAUGUUUAGUAUUAUGGCGCUAUGGGCAUUAAACAUCAAAAGAUGAUACAAUCUUAAGUUAAAGGAACAGUCUAAGUAGUGGUUAUGGUAUCUGGAGUGCCAUCCUGCCAGUGUAAGUAGUCAGUUUGAGGACAGUUUGACAACCUACGCUCAGCCUAUGAGCAAAGCCAUGCAUCGCUGGGCUUAGCCUUGUGUAGGGAGCUUUCAGAUAGAGAGAAGGUGGCAGCUGGCAGACCCCAGAUCCUUAAACGGUUUGACAAGUUACCCUUGAAGGAAACCAGGCCAGUCAAUGCCAUAAACACUACUGUAGGCUGUAGUAGUUAUGGUGCUGGGAGUGUUCAUUUAAUGUAGCUUUUGUGUAGAUGCUAUUUUUCAGAAGUGUCACUGAAAUAAUUGACCUCUGAGAAUUAGGAAUUCCUAACACAUUAUUGAUGCAUUAUGAAUUGUUUGUAUUCCUACUCAUUUAACCAAAUAUUUAAUUUUUAUGGAGAACCCAGAAGUCAAGUCUAUUAAGCAAAUCAUACCCAGCAAAAUAUAUAUAUUUUAUUUUGUCUUUAUUGAACAUUUGAUUAAUUUAUUUUAAUUCUAAAUAAAAGUUUGGGAAUCUCAAGACUAUUCUAGUUUAAAGGGACACUAUAAGCAUUUCAUCUCUUUGAAUUGGUUAUAGUGCCUAGAGUGCCCUGGCACUUUCCCUCUAUUCAGUGUUGCACCAUGUUCGUGCAGUAUGCCACAAAAUAAGAGUCCCUGGCUACCCACAGUCCGGCCCCUUCAGUAUGUGUAGCUAAGGCAGAGAUUACACACUUCCUUGUUGUCAUACCCAUUCAUACCGUCAGUUGGAACUCUGACAGGCUAAAAGCAGUCAGCUGACACUCUCAGCCAAUCACAGAUGCCUAUUGCUGCUCAGGCUAAUACUUCCUUAUUAGCCAAAGCAGCACAGAAGCGAUGGAUUGCCGGGGACUCUUGUUUAGCAUUAAAACAUUAAAAGUUUAAAAACUCUUUAAUGCUGAAAGAAAUGAUGGUACCAGAGGACUCCAGACACUAUAACCAGUUUAAUGAGAUGAAGCAGAUACAGUGCCUACGGUGUCCCUUUAAGGGGGUUAUUUGAGUCUUAUUUCUCUGUCAGGUGAUAUUCAGGUGUGAAUAUACAGAAUUCCUGAAGUGAAUCCUGUCCUGAUUAAAAUAGAUAAUUGAAUGUCUUAGUAGAAAAGGUGACAUUGCUGAUGACCUAGAAAACGUUACAAAACUUCUUGAGUACCUAGUGUCCAACAAGCCAAAGCAGAUGGGGCUCAUAAAAUUGCAUAUUUUCCUGGGUUCAGUAAAGUUUAGGUUUCUAUCCAAUUUAUGACAAACAUCUUUAUUUAUUAAAAUCAGUUCAACAAUAUGGUGCAAAACAAUAAUAUGCAAAUGAUACGACGGUGACAUGGUUAAAAAAUUAUGACAUUAACAACGAAUAUCCUCAAACAGGAGACAGCGAGUGUGUCCACAACAGAAGUGUCCAGUUUCCCACCUUUCACUUCUCCCCUUGAUGGUCCCAGUAUUUGGUUUAGCGUUAACAGUUGUCAUUAUGGAAUGGACAGAAUAAGUGGUCUUGACAAUGUGCAUUAACAACACGAAAUGCAUAGACUGGUAUGGUAGCACCAAGGCUUGAGCCGUUACACUGCAAAUUAUUAUUAUGCCAUUUAUAUAGCGCCAUCAAAUUCCGCAGCGCUUUACAAUGGGUGGACGAACAGACGUGUAGUUGUAACCAGACAAGUUGGACACACAGGAAAAGAGGGCUUGAGGGCCCUGCUCAAUGAGCUUACAUGCUCGAGGGAGUGGGGUAAAAUGACACAGAAAGGUAAGGAUAGUGUUAGACUAGUGACAGUUGCAGAAGAGGGAUCAGUCGGGAGCUAUUAACAGUUUAAUUGAUGCGCUUUUAUGAAGAAGUGGGUUUUUAACGAUUUUUUGAAGGAGUGGAGACUGGGUGAGCAUCUAACGGAGGAGGGAAGCGCAUCUAACGGAGGAGGGAAGCGAGUUCCACAGGAACGGUGCAGCCCUCGAGAAAUCUUGAAGGUGAGCAUCAGAGGUGGGAGUACGGACAGAAGAUAGACGUAAGUCUUCAGCAGAUCGUAAGGGCCUAGAUGGGACAUACUUGUGUAUAAGGGAGGAUAGAUAGGUGGGAGCAGCAUUAUGUAAAGCAAGAACCAGAAUUUUAAAUUGAGCUCUAUAUCUUAUAGGAAGCCAAUUUAGGGACUGACAGAAGGGUGAGGCAUGGGAGAUGCGGGCGGACAGGAAGAUGAGCAAAUCUUUUGUACGUUUUUUUUCCCUUUUUUUAAUGAUAAAAUAAAUAAGGCAUAUCGGUACUUUUUUGAAUAUGAGCAUGAAUACAUUUUUCUGGAGAAAGCUGUUAAUCCUUGUGUUUUUUCAUUGAAAGAGAGAAUAAGAACCAAAUCACCACGCAAGAAAUACACAUCUUUAUCUAAAGUAAAGUCUAGUUUUUAAAAACCUUAGACCUUAUCCAGGGCCCGACAAAUCCCAGGCGCCAGGUCGCCAUGGCGCCUGGGAUUUGUCAACUUUUUAUCUAAAUAAGCAAAUAAUGGAGCCGGCCGUCCACCUGCGGGAGCAUGGAGGCGGCCGGUGUUCUGGCUAAGUGAGCGUUGCAGCCGGCCGCCCUGAGCAUCAUAGAUAUUUCAUAUAUAUAUAUAUAUAUAUUAGUGUAUGACUACAUGCCACUUAACCUAGUUGUAGCAUUUUUUUAAAAAGUGUUUGUGUUUUCAAAUACAUUGAUUGAUUCUGUCUGCUGCCACUGUGAUGACAUGAUUUUAUGAGAAACUGCUGCCAUCAUAGGCAGAGGGUAUCUGCCAGCAUCUAUAUAAUCAACAUAUUUAACAUUAUUUAUGAAGCUCCACCAUUUUCUGCAGCGCCGUACAGUGGAUUCAGGAGACAUACAUGUAUAUUCCACAACAUGAGUUUUGUAGGGGAGAGUAGACAAUCUUAAUUUACAUUUUUCAUUUAAUCAUCAGAAAAUUACAUUGAAGAAAGAGGGUAGAAAACCCAAAUAAGGAUUAACAAUAAUAUGAUCAGGCUAUCUCGGUGGAAUGUUGGGCCGUAAACUAUCAUCAGUCCAGGUGUGUUCAUUUGAGCAGUUUUGAUCUUAUUAAAAUGAGUUUGUUCUUAAUGUAGAAAUUUUUAUGCAUGCAUUCUGAACAUAUCUUACUGGACAAGCAACAUAUUUUAUUGUAUGCCACAAGAAAUAAAAAGGUGUUUUUGAGGGCCUUAUAAUUUCCCUUUAAAAUCACUUCCUUGCUCAUACCAUUAAUAGGUAGCCACAAAUAAAAAUCUAUCUAUCAAAUGAUUUAAUCUGGAAGGGUUGUGGGUGUUAGAAGCAAGCCAUGGAUAGAUAACACACAUUUAGGUUACCAUAAGGAAGCUGUGCUUUUUACUAGAUUAAUGCUGUCACUCAGGAGAUUGUAAGGCCCAUUAUAUCGUAUAGCUGGGUUGCCAUAGUGUCUGUUGGCUUGGUUAGAUAAGGAAGGCUCCUGUAAUUCUCUAAUACAAUUACUGUAACCUUCCAGCCACAUAUAAUAAUUACUCUUAUCAAACAUGUUUUUUUUUAUAUUUAAAAAAAAACAAAACAUAACAUUUCACUUUCAGCUUCUUCUACUUAACUCAUUAAUGCCUAAUGUUUGAACAACAUGUUUUUGGCAUGCUUAAAGCUUGUCUGUCAUCCACAAAUGUUAUAGACCUUAAGGUCAGUUUUAAGUAGAUACAAAAGUACACCCUACAUACUGUAUUGCACUGGUAAAAUCACAGAAAAUAUAUGUUAAAUGAUAUACAGUGCAUUCAGAAUGUAUUUACACCACUUAAAGGGACUCUCCAGUGCCAGGAAAACAAACUGUUUUCCUGGCACUGCAGGUCCCCUCUCCCUCCCACCCCCUAUCCCAAGUCGCUGAAGGGGUUAAAGCGCACAUUAGACCUCCCCAUAGGAAAGCUUUCAAUGCUUUCCUAUGGGGAUUUCGGCAACGCUGGAGGUCCUCACAUAGAGUGAGGAUGUCCAUCCUCGUUAUAGCACAACGUCGUUAUAGUCGUUAUAAGGCAAACUAGAGUGGAAGUUUUAAAACAGACCGAGUGGCUUGUUGUACUUUUAUAAUCUGUAACAAUGCAAUAAAACUAUGUGUACCUUGAAGGGACUCUCCAGAGCCAGGAGCCUGAUGCUGGAGGUCCUCAUGCAUAGCGUCAGGACGUCCAGCGUAGUUUAAAACACUUUUUGUGUUCUAUGAACACGGAAGGGUCCUCUAGUGGCUGUCUAGUAGACAGCCACUAGAGGAGGACUUAACCCUGCAAGGUAAAUAUUGCAGUUUAUGAAAACUGCAAUAUUUACAGUUGCAGGGUUAAAGGUAGUGGGAGUUGGCACCCAGACCACUCCAAUGGGCAGAAGUGGUCUGGGUGCCUGGAGUGUCCUUUUAAUUUUUCCACAUUUUAUGUUGCAUCCCUAGUUACAACUCCUUGCAUGUGACUUGCACAGCCUUCCUAAACACUUCCUAUAAAGAGUCGUCUAAUGUUUACAUCUCCUAUGUUGCAAAAUAUGUUUAAUUUAGAAAUUCUUAUCUCCUGCUCGGUUAAUAAGUUGAUAGACCUCGCAGGAGCCUCUUGUAUGUAAUUAAAGUUCAAUUUACAGAGCAGUAGAUAAAAAAAAUUUAAAUUAUGUUACAUCUGAUUGAAAAUGAAAAUAAUGUGUGGCUAGGUGUAAAGAGAAAUAAAAGUGAUUUAACUCCUAAAUGGCAGAUAAUUGAUCAGUGAAACUUCUGAGUCAUGAUCUAUACACAAAAAAACUGUUUUAUUAAGCUAAAGUUGUUUUGGUGACUGCAUGCUCCCUUUAUCAUGAGUGUUGGGUGGAUAGGAAGCCUUACAAGCUAACUCAUUGCACAAAGGACUGCAGAUGGGCUUUUAUAUGUGUAGACAUACCCUGUAGUAUACUUGCACGUUGUGAGUAGAAGCAAUUGCACUUGUUUUCAUGUACUUUAGCUGUGCUUAUAUUUAGACAACUUUUUUUUAUGUCAAUCAAUAUGUAUUGAGUUUAUGCAAAGCACAAACAGCAGAUCAAAGUAUAUGAGUCAACGCAAAUACAGGACAUUAUACAGUUUUAUAAAAUCAGCAAAAAUAUAGUCAGAUACAUUACUGGACAAUACACAAUGUCAUGCAAUACAACAGUACCUCCAUUUAUAACUUUCAAGUAUGGUAUGCGAAGGACUACUUGAAAACCAAUUGCAGUAGUAAAUAUGCAUUAUUUCUAGGAUGAUAAUAAAACACAUGUAUGUAGGAAUAUAAAGUAUCAGGGCACAUACAUGGUAUCAUGGAGGCUAGUAGCUUAAUAAAUAAUAAAUAGUACUAUCAGGAGCGACAAACAUGGCCCACAAAAAAUGCUACCGUUUCUAAUCCAAUAAAUGACUCCAUAAAAGUUAGUAAUAGAAACCCCAAGAUUGUCUAGAAAUACUAUAAGCCAGGGCCCAACAAAUCCCUGGCGUCAGGUCGCCAUGGCGACUACAAAUUUCACCCUCGCGCCUGGGAUGUCAGCCCUUUAAGGCGGCCGUCCACGUCAGCAUUGUAAGCGGUGCGCGAGAGAACCGUAAUCUGCCUGUAGCUCCUCUCUGCUCCCUCGCGCGUUAUUCCAGCCCCGACAUCAUUACUUAGAGCACGAGAGAGCAGAGAGGAGCGGCAGUUAGAUUUCUGCUCCCUAGCUCACAGGAAGAUUGGAGAGCAGCCCCACUGGACCCAAGGGAAAACUCAAAGGUAGGGAGGCUGGGUGGAUUUCAAUUAAAAUAAAAACCUCCAUUUGUGUGUGAGAAAAAAUGUGUGUGUCUGUGUCUCUGUCAGUCUGUGUCUGUUAGUGUGUGUGUCUGUCAGAGAGUGUGUCUGUCAGUGUGUGUGUCUGUGUCUCUGUCAGAGAGUGUGUCUGUUAGUGUGUGUUUCUGUAAGAGAGUGUGUCUGUUAGUGUGUGUUUCUGUAAGAGAGUGUGUGUGUGUCUGUGUCUCUGUCAGAGAGUGUGUCUGUUAGUGUGUGUGUCUCUGUGUCUGUUUAGGUACCUGUCCCCCUCCAAUUGCAAAAGAAAGGUGUUUUUACUCACCUUUUUUCCCACACCGUGUCCGUUUCGCCAUGGCUGGUCCUGCCUCCAUGACGGAAAUAAUCACUCUUUACAGCAAAUGUGCCAAUCAGCAUCUCCUCAUAGAGAUGCAUUGAAUCAGUGUAUCUCUAUGGGAAACAUUUAGCGCUUUCAUACAGAGCGUGAAGACGCUGAAACUUAGGGACUCUAGUGCAGUGGUUUUCAAACCAGUCCUCAUCGCUCACCAACAGCCCAGUAUUUAUGUAUUUCCCUGUUUUAUUCCAAUGGAGAUACUAACAAAAGCUGGACUGUUGGUGGGUCUUGAGGACUGGUUUGAGAAGCGCUGCUCUAGUGGCUGCUCGAGUGACUGUUACUAGGCAGCAAUGUAAUUACUUAGGUACAGGCUAAGCUGUAGUGGUUCCUUGUGUCUAUAGUGUCCCUUAAGAAUUGCUUUUUACUUGUUGAAAAUCAAACUUAAAAUUAGUUUUUUUUAAAACUGGCUCCUAACUGUUUAGCUGGCACCUAGAUUCUAAACAAAUUUGUCAAGCACCUCUAAGCAAAACACACAAAUCAAAGUGAGAGUGCUAGCAAGUGAGAAUAUUGAUAAAAUUGGCAGCUGUAAGCAUAUAGGUUACAGAUUCCUGGAGCUGUCCAUAACAAUUAACCAAUGCUGAACCUAAAGGCUAGGCACCGGAGCAAGAACAAAGGUGUUGCAAUGAUUUGCUGCUUGGCCUCUGUUUAUUGCGCUAAAACUGACAUCCAGAUGGCUGACAUUAGUAAAUAGUGUGUAUCUCAAGUGUAGGAUUGCUGCAUUUGUUGCAUCCCUUUUGUACAGUGCUACGGAAUCUGAUGGCGCUAUAUAAAUAAUAAAAUAAUAAUAAUAAUGAAAUCAGCAGUUGGUUGAAUUGAAAUGUGCUCUAUGUCUUUGUCAGAGCUCAAAUGGGCCAGUCAAGAAGUCAAUGCGUGAGAAGGCUGUUGAGCGCAGAAAUGUGAACAAAGAACACAACAGUAAUUUCAAAGCUGGAUAUAUACCCAUCGAUGAAGAUCGUCUGCACAAGACUGGCCUGAGAGGUCGGAAAGGCAACCUAGCUAUUUGUGUGAUUAUCGUCCUGUUUAUCUUGGCCGUCAUCAACUUAAUUGUAAGUACAAGUAAGCACACCUAAGUUGGGAGUUUCCUUCAGAGUGGUCUUUGCAUUAGUAGCUGUGUAGAAGUUGAACUGCUUCUAUGUUGUACACAUACAACAUGCACUAGAGCUGUGAUUGGUAACUUGUGCAAUUUGUAAUUUUCAAACAGGAAAUCUAAUAGAAGUGUAGUUCACAAGUAUAUGGGUUGCCAUAGUGAUUCAACAUUACAUGCGGAAAGACCCUCUUAAAGUUUGGAGAUUGUGACCAGAAGCUGGGGAGACACCUAGUCUGUCAAAUUCAAAAUAAGGGGAUGUAUUUAUAUGUCAGGUGGCUUGGAGACUGUAGGAUCCCUUAUUGUACUUUUUGCUCCCCUUUCAAAAUGCAUGACCAGGGAAUCUAAUGUGUUAACCCUUUACCUCCCCCUCAUAUGAGCUGAGAGAAGAGUGGAGACACCAACCAUCUGAUUAUCCAAAGUUUUUUUGCUUUUUUUUCGCACUGUUUGCAUGAGCAAACUAAUUUUAUUGGUUUUUUUGUUGUUUGUUUUUUAAUACUCAAUACUCUAGUCUCGACAGUUUGUUUUCUAUUUUAAUGGCAUUAAUUUAAGAUUUUAGACCUUUAUUAUGUUUCCAGUUAUCCUCUGUGUCGCAUCUAUAUUGUUCGCACUCUGAUUGCAGUUUGCAGCUGAGAAAUAUAACAUGUUCAUUGCCCUUUUGUGUGGAAAAUGAUUUUCUGAAUUUUUUGUCUCCACAACUGAGAAUUAUUCAUGUUUUCAAGAAACAUAGUUUAACGUGAGAAUGGAUUAGAACCAGGAGCUAUGUACAAUUGACUUAUUUAUCCUGAUUAUAAUUUUUCUAGAUCACCUUGGUUAUCUGGGUUGUGAUUCGCAUUGGUCCCAAUGGCUGUGAAAGUUUGGAGUUCCACGAGAGCGGCUUACUCCGGUUUAAGCAAGUGUCUGACAUGGGAAUAGUACAACCAUUGUAUAAGAGCACUGUGGGAGGACGGCGGAAGGAAGAUCUUGUGAUCACUGGCAACAACCAGCCUGUAAGUUAAAUGCACCCUUUUCUCAUUUCAGAGUGCGGAGAACAAACCCAAUGAAGAACAGAAAUAUACUUGUAUAGACCAACCCGGCAAAAUUCUAAAACACAGUUAGUUGUAAUUAUUGAUGAUUAUAUAAAUCUUUUUUCUCUAGCCAUUGCCCUACAUAUUUUUAUAUAUGAAUACAUGCAAAGACACUGUUAAACAUAGCUACUUCGCAGAAUAUGUUGGGGCUAAAUAAAUUAAAAUAAUAGAUGCCAAUGUUGUCAAUGGUCAUGUGUAUAAAAGGAUAUUGUGGUUAGAUUUCUGGCAGGGGCAGCUAUCCAGGAGAAAGAUAGGACUUCCUGGAAAAAUCCAAAUCUGGUUUUCAAUAGUAAAUCACUUAAUGGGAAUACAGCUAGAUGAAGAAUUACACUAAAGGAAAUAACACAAAAUUGAAUCUGAAAAGAAAGAUUCAGGGAAAGCAACUAGGUAGCAUAGGUUCAAGGCGGGAUAACGUACAAACAAUUCUUUGUGUAUGUGGUUUUAAAAUAGUUAAUAUAAUGUUAAACAAAAAUCUGCACAUCAGUCAAGCCAUAAGACUUGCUUUUCCCACAGGAAUCACAAAUUUGCAUUAAUGUUACUACCGCAAAGGAUUCUGGGUGGGCAUUUGCAAAUUAGUUCAACAAAGAAUCACAUUUUUGCCUCAUUCCAUUUUAAACAUGGAUUCCUUUGAGUCUGUGUUUGCUGUAUACAACUGCUUUGAAACACAACUUAGGAAAAGAUUCAAUGCCAGUGAACCACUCAUGGACAGCUGGUUUUAAAAUAUGUAGCUUUGAUGGAAAAAUGUAAUCCAUACUCUAGUAUAACACCAGGUGGCAGUGUAACGAUUUUUACAGCCUACAGCACUGAUGGCGAACAUUUUUGAGCCCGAAUGCCCAAACCGCAAUACAAACAAAUUUUUUUUCCUCAAAGUGCCAACAUGACAAUUAAACGUGAAUACUGAGGUUUAAGUUUAGAAAAAACAACUCAUACAGUUGUCCAAACUAAUUAACAUCUUUUGUUUUAAAAGAAGAACACAACAACAGAGAGUUCAAUUAUACAAACAGUUUUUUAUUGAAAAAAACAUCAAUUCUAGUAAAUGAAAACACACUGAUGUUCGGUGGUGCUUCACCUAACUAAGGACCUAUUCCCACCUAUCCACCUGCAGUUUGCAUGCAUGUUACAUGCUGCUUUGGCACAGUUUACAUCAGAAUUACAUCCGUCUUGCAUCCUGUUUUGGUGCAGCUUUGUAUGUUUGUCAAUGGACGCGUUUUUUUUAUCAGGUCUCUGUCCAUCCAGCGCACCAAAACUGCAUGUAAACUGUGCCAAAGAUGCGUACAAGGGGAUACUCAACUUGUAAUAUGAUUAAAUGCCAGACUGAAAUUGUAUGAGGAGCAUCUCCUCCUCCUCCUAGUAUCUCCUCUCCUCUUCCCAGCAUCUCCUUCUCCUCUCCCCCAGCAUCUCCUCCCUCUCUCUCCCCUCCUCUCCCCCAGCAUCAGCUCUCUCCUCCUCCUCUCCCCCAGCACCUCCUCCCUCCUCUCCCCCCAGUACCUCCUCCUCCCUCUCCCCAGCAGCACCUCCCUCCUCCUCUCCCCAGCACCUCCUCCUCCCUCCUCCCCAGCACCUCCCUCCUCCUCUCCCCCCCAGCACCUCCUCCUCCUCUCCCCCAGCACCUCCUCCUCCUCUCCCCCCAGCACCUCCUCCUCCUCUCCCCCAGCAUCUCUUCCUCCUCUCUCCCAGCAUCUUCCUUUCUCUACCCACAGCAUCUCUUCCUCCUCUCACCCAGCAUCUCCUCCUCCUCUCCCCUUCCCCCCCAGCAUCUCCUCCUCUCCCCUAGCAUCUGAUUUAAUUCUGCUACUGUUAGGGGGUGUGGGUGCGAGGUAGCACUGACUUACCUGCUGUUCCAGCACUGCUCCCUCUUCUGAUGCCGCCAGGAGACAGAAAAUGAUGUCAGUCAAGCGGCGCCGCCUGAUAGACAUAAUUCUCUGUCUCCCGGCGGCAUCAGCGGAGGGAGCAGUGCUGGAACAGCAUAUAAGUCAGUGCUCCCUUGCAGCCCUCCAUCCCACCCACCAACGAUAUGAAAGCAGAGUUGGCGUCUGCCAUUUUGGGCAGGCAGGUGCCUACUCUGCAUUGCCACCAGGGGGGCCUAGGCCUGCCGACCAGCACCAGCGGCGCUCACCAGGCGACCUAUGACUGCGUGCCCACAGAGAGGUCUCAGCGCGCCAGCUGUGGCACGUGUGCCAUAGGUUCGCCAUCGCUGGCCAAUAGUGAUUGAUAUGAGGCAAAGCACUAAUCUUAGAAUUGUGUUUUUUUGACUUAUUUUGCUAUUUACAGUGACACACAUACAAAAAAAAUGUAUCUUAACUGCCUUUUAUUGCAACAGGUCAUUUUUCAACAAGGAUCAACAAAGCUUGUUGUGGAUAAAGAUAAGACCUCUGUAACCAGUGAUGUUGGCAUGGAAUUUGUUGACCCCAGAACCCAGAAUACAUUGUUCAGCACAGAUUACGAGAAGCAUGAAUUUCAUUUGCCGAAAGGUGUGAAAACCUUGAAUGUCCUCAAGGCAUCUACAGAAAGGGUAAACCAUAGAUGCAAAUCUUACUUGUUAUAACUUGUGUGUGACUCAAAAACGCAUGUAAACAAGUGACAUCUGAAAAGGAUUAGUGAAAAGUUAAAUCAGGCCCUUGGUAUAAAAUGUGGUACCAUGUAGAUGUGAAUUCCUGUAAGUUUACUAUAUAUAAGUCAAGGGCUGCCUAUGGCUAGUGCAGUGAUUGUGUGCUGCAUUGUCUUCUUGUUUUAUGUCUUUGUCUUAAUUCCCAGAUCACAAGCAAUGCUACAAGCGACCUUAAUAUAAAAGUCGAUGGGCGUAUUAUUGUACGUGGAAAUGAAGGUGUAUACAUCAUGGGGAAGAGCAUAGAGUUCAGAAUGGGUGGAGACAUGGAGCUAAAAGCAGUAUGUUGGUUUAAAAUUAUUUUUUGUUUGUUACAAUGCUUGCAGGAUUAGUGACUGUGUCCUGAGUGGCUUUGCCCAUUGUCCUUUAUACUUUAUGAGCUCUGGUGUUAUCUAUUCUUUAGCUAAUAAAAGAUCCUAUCUCGGCCAGUGGCCAGUCAUGUACCUUUCUAUGAUCUUAUCCAGCUCCUCCACACCACCUUAUAAUGACCCACCUAUCAAACACAUUUUCAGCCUGUCAGCACUGGUGCCAGAGGGUUUACCGUUAAUGAACUUGCAGUUGUACAAAAAGAUGAGUAUCACAGGGCCUUACUCUGGCACACAGCAGACCAAAUAAUGUGCUUUCAGCGGAAAAAACUGGGUGCCAGGCAUGGCUGACAUCUAAAAGAGAAUACAUCUGUAACCUAUAUAUAUCUUUCUCAGCUUGUUUUAAUAUGCAAAUUUACAUUCACUUGUUAGAAAGAGCCCCUUAGAAUGAAACCACGUUUGCAGUUAUUGGUUAACUAUAAAUUUCAAUGUAUGACAUGAGAACAUUUUGCAAUCCACAUUACUCACCAGAUCUAGGAUACUCAGGUAAUUUUCUUUACAAUAAUGAUAUAAGCCGAUGCCACCAGAUUUAUUAGGACAGGAAACAUGCUUCAAGUUAGAAAUCUGAAACUCCUGUAAAUGUCUCUACAAUUCUUUUUUUUUCUAAUGUUUUAUCUUGUUUUGGAUUUUUUGCACUUAUUUCAAUAGGAGCAAAGUAUAAUCCUAAAUGGCACCGUGAUGGUCAGCACGUCUCGGCUUCCCAGUUCUACUACAGGGGAGCUACUGUACGAUGGGGAAUGGGAGCGUUACAAGCUGUGCAUGUGCGCAGAUGGGACUCUUUUCCGAAUUAAGGUGGAGGGACAAAACAUGGGAUGUCAGACUUCCGAAAACCCAUGUUUAGCAACAUUCUAAAACAACAAAACCAGCAAUUGUCAGUAUUAUGCAAAAUCCUUUAGGUUGACAUUUUUUUUUAUGUGAGCCACAUAAGACAAACACGUUAACAGUGUUAUUAAAACAAUUUACCAAUGCAGCAUUACAGAUAUGUGCUACUGUAAUUAUGUGUGUGAAAAAAAAAUAUUUGCAUGGAAACCACUUGUAUUUACAGUUUUAUUAUAUGCCAUAUUCAGUGACAUUAAUAACACCCCAUGAAUUAUUUACAAGCCCAGAAUAUCAUGCUAACACAAUCCAUCAUAAUCUGUUCUUUCUGGCUCGCCAGAUCAGGUACUUUUUACGUUAAUUAUAGCAACCCGUGCCAAACCUGUUUGAUAUAGAUAUGUGUGAGUCCAAAAUGAUUGAAGUUCACAUAAGGAGAUAACUAGAGAUUCUAGAUUUACUCUAAGUGUAAAUGUUUUUAUGCAGUGUUAGGCCAACUCAUUGAUAAAGAAGAAAGCUGUGGGUUUUUGUUUUGUUUUUUGUUUAACUUGAAGCCCAUAUAAAUAAAUAUUUGGGGUGAAGCAUUAACAUUAAAGGGACACUGUAGGCACCCAGACCAAUUCAGCUCAUUGAAGUGGUCUGGGUGCUGUGUCCCUAUUGCACUUAGUGCCACUAUGUAAAACAUUGCAUUGUUUACAUUGCUGCUCUAAGUCUGCCCUUACUGACUGUCUAGCAUACAGCAACAGGAGGAGCUUCCGGAACCGAAACCCAUGUUUGGUCCGUUAUCUGACGCUGGACAUCCUCUGCGUGAGGACCUCCAGCGUCAGAUUUUCCCCAUAGUAAAGCAUUGAAUAAUGCUCUCAUAUGGAGAAAUGCUAAUGCGAGCACUGCCAUUGCCGCGCAUGCACAUUAGGUCUCCCCCGCCGACAUCAGCGUGAGCGAAGCCUGACCCAGCGCUGAGGGACAUCGGCGCUGGAUUCAGGUAAGUGGCUGAAGGGAUUUUAACCCACUCAGCCCCAUGGGAGAGGGGGCACGAGAGAUGGGGGCACCUUUUAAACCUAUAUUGCCAGGGAAACCUGGCAAUAUAGGAUCCCUUUAAUAUUAUUCAAAGAGUACUGUAAUAUGUAUAUACUCUUCCAUUGAGCUAUUGAGGACAUGAGUGCACUUAGUCUCUGCUAUGCAGUUAAAGAGGACCUGUCUAUAUUGAGAUCUUUUUUAUUCCAUAAAUAUAAAACUAGCAAAGUUGAUAUUAUUUAAUUACUAUUAAUUUUCAUUUUAUCAGAGGUUCAUUGGGAAAAAAGAAGAAGCUAUUUUUGUAAAGUACCCUGUCUCUGCCUUUUCAGAAGGUAAAUCUGAUGUCAGAAUUGGGUUUUGUUAAACAAAAUGUACAUAAAAAUGAAACCGCUACUUUUAUUUCCUGGAUUAAUAUUAAAAAACAAUCUCAAAACAUGACAUUCCCUCUGUAAGGUGUGCACUAAUUUUCCAGAAUUUUUAAUUAAUUAAUUUAUUUAUAGCUGUUACUAUCUACUAAUCCAUCUUUUAGAAGAUAACAGAAAUCUAUUCUCCUUUUAAGGAAGGCUCAUUUUACCCCACUCCCUCUAGCAUGUAAGCUCAUUGAGCAGGACCCUCAACCCCUCUGUUCCUGUGUGUCCAACUUGUCUGGUUACAAGUACAUGUCUGUUCAUCCACCCAUUGUAAAGCGCUGCGGAAUUUGACUGCGCUCUAUAAAUAUCAUCAUAAUAAUAAUAAUAAUUAUUGAAACUAAAUCAUAGAAAACUGUUCUAGCUAAUAAUUUUAUAAAACAGAAAAAAAUACUCUGUGUACAAUGUCCCAUAAUGUUUGCGUUUACAUUUUUUCUGGAUCUUAGCCGGUUUUGGAGUUAGGAGUUUUUGCUCUCUUUUGGAAGUAAAUCAAAGAAUGGCAAAAAAAAACACAGCUUAAAAAGUUUAUGGAUGCCUGCAAAGCCCCAAAUAGUCCAGUUUUAUUUCAUGUGCUUUUUUCUGUAAUAUAUAUAUAUUUCUCCCGAGGUUUGAUCCCAUGCUGAUCGGUAAAGUACACUUCUUUCAAUUCUUCGUAUACACACAAUUUUUAUGUUUGCAAUAAAUUUAUUUAACCUGGUUUUAGAUCAUUAACCUGAAUGUUUUACACAUUGUAGCCGGUGCCUUGGAGUAUUAUCUGAAUACACUAAUGAACAUGAGGGUGUGUGUGUGCCUGUUCUAUAUUUAUUUGUGUGGCUUUUUUUUCUAUUACUGCAAAAAAGGCAAGAAUAAACUAGAUCUUAAAAUAUAUACUACUUGAAACCUUUGAUUACUGUAUGUAUUAAUUAUUUUGGAAACUGACAAACCCUUUAUAACGGAGCGCCUGUACCCAGAGUGGUAUCUCCGUUGUAGGUCUCUUCCAGAUCCCGCAAGGCAAUAGUAUGUUAUAUCCUUUGCAUACACAAACAUCACCCGAGAUGAUGAAGGGUACAACAACUGAUUUUAUUGAGGACAAGCACACAGAUUUAUAUCCAGACCCAUAUCCAGACCAGCAUGGGGUCUCCAUUCAUUGUACCUCAAGCUCGCCCUGGCG